AUGAAAGGCACGUUGUUUCUCCUGGCUCCCCUCGUGGGUGCCGCUGUCCUGGGAUCGACAUCCCAACUUGACAGUUGUCCCGGCUAUAAAGCUUCUAAUGUGAAGCAGCUGGGUCAGAAAUUGACUGCCGACCUCAAGCUUGCCGGAGAAGCCUGUAAUACCUAUGGCACGGAUCUACGGAACUUGAAGCUUCUUGUAGAGGCAGAAACUGAAACCCGCCUUCAUGUCAUGAUCUAUGAUGCCGACGAGGAAGUCUACCAAGUACCAACCUCUGUUCUCGCCAGACCCGAAAGCGCAAAAGGUCAUCAUCAAAAGGAGUCUGCCCUUCGCUUCGACUUCGAGGAGAAACCUUUCUCAUUCCGAGUCCUGCGCGGGGACGAAGUGCUCUUCGAUACUUCUGAUACCAACAUCGUCUUCCAGUCUCAGUACUUGAACUUGCGCACGUGGCUCCCCAAUGAUCCAAACCUGUAUGGUCUGGGCGAACACAGUGAUUCGCUGCGUCUGCCUACCACUAACUAUACUCGUACUAUCUGGAACCGUGAUGCAUAUAGCAUCCCCUCCAACUCAAACCUUUACGGCACUCAUCCUAUUUACGUUGAUCACCGUGGAGAGAAGGGUACUCAUGGUGUCUUCUUUUUGAACUCGAACGGCAUGGAUAUCAAGAUUGAUAAGACCGCCGAUGGCAAACAGUACCUCGAGUAUAAUACGCUUGGCGGAGUCCUAGACUUCUACUUCAUGGCCGGUCCGACCCCCAAGGAAGUGAGCGAGCAGUACUCCGAGGUCGUUGGUCUUCCUGUCAUGCAAAGCUACUGGGCUUUCGGAUAUCACAACUGCCGAUAUGGCUACCAGGAUGUCUUUGAUGUUGCCGAAGUAGUUUACAACUACAGCCGUGCUGGCAUCCCACUCGAGACUAUGUGGACCGACAUUGACUAUAUGGAAGGGAGAAAAGUAUUUACUCUAGACGAUGAGCGGUAUCCUGUCGACAAGAUGCGAGAGUUGGUUUCGUAUCUUCAUAAGCAUGACCAGCACUACAUUGUCAUGGUCGAUCCGGCCGUCAGUAACUCUGAUAACGGUGCUUUCAAUCGAGGUCAUGACCAAGGUGUCUUCCUGUACCGUGACGAUAAACAGAGUGAACUCUACCAAGGUGCCGUCUGGCCCGGUCUGACCGUCUACCCAGACUGGUUCAACCACGACACGCAGAAAUACUGGAACUCGGAAUUCAAACGAUUCUUCAGCCCAAAAGACGGCGUCGACAUCGAUGGUCUAUGGAUCGACAUGAACGAAGCUUCCAACUUCUGCCCAUACCCCUGCGAGGACCCAGCAAAGUACGCCGAGGAGAACGACCUACCCCCAGCACCUCCGCCAGUCCGAUCUCCUCCACGCCAUAUCCCUGGUUUCCCAGCUGACUUCCAGCCUGGUUCUUCUUCAUCUGGGGCUUCUUCGUCGCACCGUGUGAAGAGAGGCGACGCUGUCAUUGAGUCACGUAGUGUCGACGAGAAACGGAGCCGCGGCAGAAAGGGAAAGAAGGUCGGCUUGCCUGGCCGAGACCUUAUCAACCCACCUUAUCAGAUUGCGAACGAGGCUGGCUCCAUUAGCAAUAAGACCAUCGACACCGAUAUCAUUCAUGCCGGCGAGGGUUACGCCGAGUAUGACACGCACAAUCUCUAUGGAACCAUGAUGAGCUCGGCUUCCCGCGAGGCAAUGCUGAAGCGUCGACCCCACGUGCGACCCUUGAUCAUCACGCGUAGUACCUUCGCUGGAGCAGGUUCCCAGGUCGGCCACUGGCUCGGCGACAAUUUCAGUCAAUGGGAUAAAUACCGCGUGUCAAUUUCGCAGAUGCUAGCCUUCGCCUCAAUUUUCCAGAUCCCAAUGGUCGGCAGCGACGUCUGCGGGUUCGGCGGAAACACGACGGAAGAACUUUGCGCACGCUGGGCCAUGCUCGGUGGCUUCUAUCCGUUCUAUCGGAAUCACAACGAGUUCGCUACCAUACCGCAGGAAUUCUACCGCUGGCCUGUUGUGACAGAGGCUGCGAAGAAGAUCAUCGAUAUCCGAUACCGUCUCCUCGAUUACCUCUACACUUCUUUCCAUCGCCAGACCUUGACGGGAACUCCAUUCCUCCAGCCGCUUUUCUAUGUCUACCCCGAGGAUAGCGAGACUUUUGGUAAUGAGCUGCAGUUCUUCUACGGUGAUUCCAUUCUCGUCUCGCCUGUCUCGGAAGAGGGCGCUACCUCUGUCGACGCCUAUUUCCCCGAUGAUCUCUUCUACGAUUGGUUUACUGGUGCUGCUGUGCAGGGCGAGGGAUCUGUGAAGACGAUUACUGAUCUCGCUGUUACGGAUAUCCCGAUUCAUAUCCGUGGUGGCAGUAUCAUCCCUCUCCGUACUGAAAGUGCCAUGACUACCAAGGAUCUGCGCAAGCGCGGUUAUGAGAUUCUCAUUGCGCCUGAUGCUGAUGGGUCUGCGGAGGGUGAGCUGUAUAUCGAUGAUGGCGAAUCGAUUCGGCCGGAUAGUGCAGCGGAGAUUCAGUUCAAGUACCGGAAUGGCAAGCUUAAGAUCCUGGGUCAGUUUGGAUAUCGUCCCAAUGUGAUUGUUGAGGCUGUUACGGUCCUUGGACAGAAGAAUGAAGCUCGUGGUGGGUAUGAUGCUCAGAAGCAGAGCGUUACUAAGAAGGUCCAGAUUGAGUUGAAGGGGCCUAGUGAGGUGACUUUGUGA